AUGCCGCACGUACCACAAUCAUUGCAGCGUCUUCACCACAAGGCCACCCACAAACCCGGGGUAUAUAAAAGGAUUGAAAACCUUCUAUCAAAGCUAAAAAAAGUUCGGACGCUUCCUGCCCAGGAAGAUGCUCAUAUCUUAGAACCAUGUAAUGGAUUCUUCAAUCUACCAGCGGAGCUUCGGCAUGAGAUUUACUCGUAUCUCUUCAGGAAUUUGAGAUGUCGAGAUGAUAUUUUCUCUGAAGCAGAAUGUCACGACUUUUUCGUCCACGAAGGAGCAGUUUUAUUCCGUGUGAACCAUUGGUUCCUGGAUGAUGCGGCUGAAUUCUUGUGUCGGAUGAACCCUCGAUUUAUGUUAUAUCGACCUUCCCUAUGCCGUUUUGUUUUUUCCAUCACAUAUGAUUGUGUUCGAUUUCUGAAGAGUCUGGAAUUAUCAGUUCCAUCUUCCGAGACCAAAUUACUAGAGCCAAUCCUCGAAGAAAUCAUAGCCUCUAAUGCUCCGUUGACCUCACUGACUCUACAUCUUACUCCUACGUUUCCGGGGAGCUUAAGCUAUCCAUGGCCAAUGUAUAUCAUUCCUAGAUUACAAGUGGAAACACCAGCUAAGGAACAUUUUUACAACAUUCAUCCUCAUUAUUUAUCUAUCGAAUAUCAUUCGCAAGCUGCUGUGGAUAAUUGCCAUCGAUCCCCAUUAUUGAUAGGCAAAUUACAAAAUCUUCGAUAUUUAAAGAUUACAGGUCAGCCAGAAUUCGAUGUCAUGUUUGAGCUUGCCAUAGUGAAACUCCAUCUGGGAAUGAUGGCCGCUGCGAAAUCUGCGGGGACAUAUCUUGCCCUAUCACCGAAUAAUGGGCCUCGUGGUGAAGAAUGGUAUUAUGAAAUUUGGAUCAUUCCAACCUCGCGUCACUCAAAGCCAGCAAGUCUUGCGUCGCAUAAGCUCUUACAGUGCUGA